AGCGGGCCAUGGCGCUGUCGCGCGCGGAGCGGUGCCUGGCGCUGCUGCUGCGGCUGCUGUCGCGCGCCUGCCUGGCGCUGCUGGGGCUCGCGCGCCCCGCGCCGCCGCGCGCCGUCCCGCCCCCGCGCCGCGCGCUCCUGCUGCUGCCCGCGCGCCAGCUGGCGGCACGGCUGCGCGCGCGGCAGGUGACGUGCGUCGAGGUGGUGGAGGCGUAUGUGGAGAGGAUCCGGGAGGUGAACCCCCUCAUCAACGCCGUGGUGAAGGACAGGUUCGAGGAGGCCCUGCAGGAAGCGCAGCAGGUCGAUAAGCUGCUGGCAGAGAGCCCUGGGGAUGAGUACCUGGAGGAGAAGUUCCCCUUGUUAGGGGUUCCCAUCACCGUCAAGGAGGCCUUUUCCCUGCAUGGGAUGCCCAACACCUCUGGCUUGGUCAACCGCUGCAACGUGGUUGCCACCUCGGACGCCGCCGUGGUGUCCCGGCUGAAGCAGGCUGGAGCCAUCCCGCUGGGGGUGACCAACUGCAGCGAGCUGUGCAUGUGGUACGAGUCCAGCAACAGGGUCUACGGCCGGACCAACAACCCCUACGACCUGCAGAGGAUCGCAGGUGGCAGCUCAGGCGGGGAGGGCAGCGUCCUGGCAGCUGCCUGCUCUGUCAUAGGCGUGGGCUCCGACAUCGGCGGCAGUAUCCGGAUGCCGGCCUUUUUCAACGGGGUCUUUGGCCACAAACCCACCACAGGGGUGGUGCCCAACGACGGCCAGUUCCCCAAUGCCCACGGAGUGCGGACCAGCUUCCUGUGCACCGGGCCCAUGUGCCGCUACGCUGAGGACCUGGAGCCCGUGCUGAGGGUCAUGGCUGGCCCUGGGGUCAACAAGCUGAAGUUGAAUGAAAAGGUGUCGCUGGAGAAAAUAAAAUUUCACUGCAUGGAUCAUGAUGGUGGGUCCAUUUUUGUGUCACCUGUGGACAAGGAGAUCUUGCAGGCCCAAAAGAAGGUGGUGGAGCACCUCGAAGGCAAGCUGGGGGUCCAAGUUAAGCAUGUGGCAAUCCACAAGAUGAAGUAUUCUUUCCAGAUCUGGUCAGCCAUGAUGUCGUCCAAGGACAGUGAUGGGCAGGAAGCACAGCUCUUCACAGACCUGCUGGGGGAUCAUGGGAAGCCGGUGUGGCCGCUCUGGGAGCUGGUGAAGUGGCUCGUGGGAAUGUCUUCCCACACUCUCCCAGCUAUCGCCCUGGGACUGACGGAGAAGGUGAUGAAGCUCAACCCUGGUGGGAACGCCAAGCUGGUGAGCAUGGGGAAGAGCCUGCAGGAGGAGAUGGAGGCCCUGCUGGGGCCCGACGGGGUGCUCCUCUACCCCUCACACCCCACCGUAGCUCCCCGGCACAACUGCCCCAUCUGCAUGCCCUUCAACUUCGCCUACACAGCGAUCUUCAACGUGCUGGGCUUGCCGGUGACGCAGUGCCCGCUGGGCCUGAGCAGCGAGGGUUUGCCCCUGGGCAUCCAGCUGGUCGCAGCCCCCUACAACGACCACCUGACGCUGGCGGUGGCCCGCUACCUGGAGAAGGCCUUCGGAGGAUGGGUCCUACCUGGGAAACUUUAACCUGGGCCCCUGCGGGACAGAGAUGGUGGGGCCUGGUGAAGUGGUGGCAAGUGCUGAUGCCUGAUCCUGUCAUGGCACUGCCUGCUCCCUUCACUCCCCAUCCUGGGAGCUGCCAGGGGUGCCUCCAGCCCCUGGACAAGCUGGGAUAUUGCAGUUGGAUUAGUCUCUUUCCUGCAGCACCAGCCAGGGGUGAGACCUGCCCUCCACGUGGCCCUCAGGAGUCCCAGUGGUCUGUGAUCUGUGUCCUGCCCAGGGUGGACACCCACCUUGUCCUGGACAUGAUGAUGGCUGUCGCUCUGUAACACUCACUGUUUUGAUGAGGCUGGUGAAGACCAAGGAGGAGAGGUGCCAGCACCACCCCGAGGCUCCCUGCCUGCACCCAUCAUCCUCUGUGGGCUUGCUCUGGCCACAGCUGUGCCUGCAGCUGGUCACCACAAGCUCACUGUCCCCUCCAGUUCUCCACAGGGUUCCCCCACCACCCCAGUGGAACUGGGAGAGGGGCUGAGGGUGCUGGAGGCAGCCACAGGCUCUUCCCACUGGUGGUAUGGGGUGUGGUGGAUGAUGCUGGGCUCAGCACAAAGCCAGCGGGCAGGGUAGCAGGAGCUUUUGGCAGCUCUGGAGAAGCAAUUUGGGCACUCUGUGCUGAGACCACUGAAGCACCUCCUGCCUGGCUUUUCUUCCCCUUUCUCCCAGGGCUCACCUGGCCUGAUUGGUGUCCCUUGCCCCUGCCACCCCCUCCUGAGCUGCCUGGCCUCUGUCCCAUGAGCAGGUGCAGGCAGCAGGGCAGGCUGUCCUGGGGUGGGCAGCAGGGGUAAGGUGUUCUCAGCGAGGGUGGUAUUAAAAUCUGUCCACUUUGCUUCCA